AUGGCAGCAGUGGUUCAACCACCCUUGAACCUAGUAGACCCUGGAUCGACAGAAAGCCUUCUGGCUCUGUCGCUAGCCCAUUUGAUGAAAUUUUUUGACUCUUACGAACUCAAAGAUGAUGAGGAGCUUCCUAUGGAUCUCAACCCAAAGAGCGAUCACGAACUGGACAAGGAAGAGGAUACUGAAAAAGAGGAACUGAAAAGCAUAACUUCUACGACUCCAAAGCCAUUGCCGAAAGUCAAGAUGAAGGCAGAGGACGAGCCCAAAACCGAACGGAACCACUGGUUCAGAAGGGUCGUUACCAUGAGAUUUGGCACAUGGUCAGAGAGAAAAGUCACGAAAGUCACUACAGAUGACGUUUUUGACCACAAUGAGCCUCACACUGAAACAGCUGUUGGGGCGAAAGACUCGGCAACCCACGACGACUCCAGCGGUUCCCCAAAAGUAUCCAACGCAGCCACUCUUCCUCAAAAGCUCAGCAACUUCAGACCCUCCAGAUCUCGAUCGCUCACUAGCAGAAGUCUCGCUGCUCUUUUCAUCCGAAGCCAAAUGUCCACCGAUCGGCUAGAGGCGUCUGUAUUUCUGCCAUACAACCACCAGCCAACCCUUGAGGACUUCCCUUCGAUUACAGACGUCGAGGACAUGUCCGCUGCCAAAAUCGAGUACUCUACUCUUCCGGCCGAAUGGAACGGGUAUAAGCACGAGGCCUUGAGAUCCUCCGAUGAGGAGCUUAAGCCACGUACUAAAUGGGGUGAAUGGAGAAACGCCAAAAGAAGAAUGCAUAUGCUCAAAGGUAAGCUCAAGCUGAGUAUAGCGCUGGGAAGAAGCGGACCAAAGGGCUUAAGGUGA